AUGAAAUUCGGAUGGGCUACGACGGGCAACGAGGUGGUGAAGCACUUCAAAGACAAGGUCAGCGGGAGUACAUUCUUAAUCACCGGUCCUACGCCGGGGGGUGUGGGCGCAGAAAGUGCCAAAAGUCUUGCGACCGGUAACCCGAAGCAUUUGAUCCUGGCUGGGAGGACACAAUCCAAAAUCCAACCUCUGAUUGACGAGCUCAGCACUAGCCAUCCGAACGUCAAAGUGAGCUUCGUCCAGCUCGAUCUGUCGAAUCUAUCGUCAGUCAGGGCCGCCGCGGCGAAUGUCAAGACUCCUCUGGGCGGUGACAAGAUCGAUGUUGCUAUCCUCAACGCCGCCAUCAUGGCCUGCCCCUAUGCUACCACGGAACAAGGCGUGGAACUACAAUUCGUGACGAACCACCUGGGUCAUUUCCUGUUCGGCAACCUCUUGCUUCAAUCCGACCUAAUUCGAUCACGAGUCGUGGUCGUCAGCAGCUUGGCAUCACAGCGCAAAGCCAGUCUCGUCAUGCCUCAUUUGGAAGAUCUGACCUAUGAUCACGGCAAGAUCUACGAACCCACGGUCGCGUACUCCGUCUCCAAAGCCUGUAACGUCUUGUACGCGAAGCGCCUGGCCAAGGUACUUGCGUCAAGGGGUAUCUCGGCCUUCAGCCUGAACCCAGGAAGCAUCACCACCAAUCUACAAGCCUACAUGACGGACGAGAUGAGACAACGCGCCAUCAAGGAGUACAUGAUCGAGAACCCUAACUUUAAAAUUCCCGAGCGCAAGAACCUACAGCAGGGGUGCUCGACUCAACUGCGUGCCGCGCUCGAUCCCAGUCUGGCCGCCGUGUCUGGAGCGUACCUCGACGACUGCAACGUCUCAGAGACGGCCGAGCACAAGGAAGCCGAACCUUAUAUGGAUCAAGUCUGGACUCUGAGCGAGAAGCUAACCGGAUCGAAGUUCGACUUUGGCAAUCAAUGA